UUUUUUUUUCAAAUUCAAAUUCUUAACAUUCAACCUAUUAAGCAACAAAACACAUCAUGCCAGUGCGACAUCUCGAUUUCUACUUGACCCAAAAGAACCUGGCGUCAACACACCCAUUGACGACGCUUAAGGAUAUCCGAUUGGGCAUUGAUGGCAGCGUAUGGCUCAAGAAAGUCAUUGGGGCGGCGUCGGAGCAGUAUUUGCCUGGCAUUGGUGGCAUACCUUCGUGCCUUCGAAAGACUAUUGAGAAAGAGCUAGAAGGAUUCAAAGCUGCUUCUAUCCACCCAUUAUUUGUUUUUCCGGGACUGUCUUUAAUCCGUAAAGACAAACCCCACGUCAAUGAUGACCUCAAGAUCCCAAAGAGAAAUACAGCGUGGGAAGCAGCCAACGCGGGGAAGAUGGAGCUGGCACUCUCUUCUUGGAGCGGAUCGUAUGUGGUCCACCAGCCAGAUCUGUACCAUUUAGUCAUCAGAAUCUUAAAGGAACAUAACAUCGAUUAUCUCAGAGCACCUUAUGGCGCUGGAGCACAGCUUGUGUAUCUAGAGCGCAAUCCCAAGCAAAUCAUUCAUGCGAUCUAUGCAGGACCUGACUUACUUAUGUUUGACGUAGAACGCGUUAUCACCCAGAUCGACUUUGGAAAGCAGACUUACCAGGCCAUCUCUAAAAAAUCUGUUCUUCAGGAUAUGGUGUUGACGGAUGAGCAGUUCUUAGACCUUUGCAUCCUUGCAGGAGUUGACCAUUGCCCAACAUUUCCUCCUUUUUCAGUCGAAGGUGGCUUUGCAUAUAAGAGUAUCCAUGAGCUGCUACAACACAGGACUGGAUUUAAUGCUGUUAAAGCCUAUGCUGAUUCUCCUCAAGUUGUAAAGAGCAACUAUGUGGAUUUGUUUUGCAGGAUGCGUUGUGCGAUGCGCCACCACCCUAUUCUGACAGAUGAAGGGCAUGUGGAACCCAUGAACGUGAUUCAAGCACCUAAUGACAUUCACGAAUUCAUUGGUUUCCGCCUUCCAGAUGAGGUGUACUAUUACAUUUCACGUGGUCUUAUUGCAGACACUACACUCAACACUCUACUUUGCGGAUAUGGCGUAGAAUUUUCACCGCUCUGCAAUGGAGAAGCCAAGGAAUAUCGUGCUUUCCUAGCAGGAGAUAUCAUUAAAAUGAAAGCCCAGACAAUGGCGUUAGUCAAGUCGCAGCUACAUUCAUUCUUCCAUGAUCGCAGGAUCGCAAUCAUUCACUGGUAUGAGAACAAUAAUGUGACAGGAACAGAACAUGUAGUCAAGUCGGAGGCUGCACCCGUUCCCGUUGAAGCCAUCUCCAACUGGAAGUCAAGCCAACAAUCUGUCGAGAAAGAGCUCAAGAAGGCGAAUAUUACAACGCCAAAUUUUUCAUUUGCUUUGGGGCUACUCACCAAUCCCAAUGAUGCUGCUGCUACAGUGCAGCCCAAGGAUGCUAAUGGGAAAUCUGCACCUCUUAUGACACUUCAGGAGGUCCAAACUCGUCAUCUAUCAAAACUUCUGCAGCUUAGAUCAUUCAUUGACUCUUCUCAUACACCUCUGCCAUAUGGCAAAGCUAUUAUUGAUGCUUUCAAGGCUCAUCCUUCAGCACCUGUCGAGUUCCAGGAUGCUCUCUUUAUUGCAUUGGAACUAAUUAGAGCCGAACUUUUAACUGCCCGGCCAUAUAGCCACAGCUAUGUCAAGAAGGCAGUUUUAGAUGAUGAGACCGGCACAAAGGCUGUUCGACUUAUCUCAAGAACCGUUUCAUUGAUCUGGGCGCGCUUCAAGGGUACCAAAAUUUGGUCCGGACCUUUAAAUCGUGAAUUACUAGCUUUUAACAGCGUUAAUAAGGUGUUAACGCGCAACCUGCGUCACUUGGGCGAAGCCUUAAUUGUUGAGAUGCUGCUUGCGAACGAAUGUCAAAAGGAUACAUUGGACUUUUCAGAGCUUGCAACACACUUGCCAUUUGCGUACGAGCCCUCGACAGUAUUGGGAAUUUUAGUCAAAGAAUACCUCGAAACAUUGACGCUAAGCGGCGACAUCAAUAACAAGGAUCAGGCAUUACAGCAUGUGGAAGAACACAUUGGAGCAACCUCGACGUCGAGUUUGGCCAAUAGUAUUAAAGAAGAGAUCCAGCGAGGUUUUGCAUUUUGGGAGGUGGUUGUUAGUGCGGUCAAGUCACUCAGUGCUACUAAUGCAAUUAGCAGGGAGCUACAGCAAGAAUUCCAGGAUGCCAAUAACUGGAUCAAGAGCCGCAAA